AUGGCCGAAUCACAGAGUGGCACCGUCGUCACCGUGGCCGUGGUCUUCGCCGUCCUCACCUUCAUCGUCAUAGCCCUCCGCGUCUGGGCCCGCGCCAUCCUCGUGCGGUCUUUCGGCCCCGAUGACGUCCUCAUCAUCUUCGCCGCCCUCUUGUCAUGGGCUUUCAUCGCGGCCACGAUCCGCGCCACGCAUCUGGGGCUAGGGUCGCACAUUGCUCACGUCAUGGAACGCGGGACCGACAACUUCGUCAUGUAUCUGCAGACGGUGUGGCUGUCGUCCAUCUUCUACAACGCGUGCCUAGGCUUCGUCAAGGUUUCCGCCCUGGCGCUCUAUAUGCGCCUCGGUGACUUCACGCUGCGCAAGCUGGCCGCCGUGAUGCUCGGCGUCGUGGGCUGCCAGGCCGGCGCCAACGUGCUCGUGUGCAUCUUCCAGUGCAGCCCCGUGCAGGCCGCGUACGACAUCGCCAUCCUCGCCGCCGAUAAGAAAUGCAUUGACAUCAAUGCCUUCUACCUCGCCAACGCCGCCGUCAACAUUCUCACCGACAUCCUCACCUACACGCUUCCCAUCCCGCUGGUCAUCAAGCUGCAGGUGCCCAAGCAGCAAAAGGUCGGGCUGGGUGUGAUCUUGUGCCUCGGUCUCUUCGCCUGCAUCUCCUCCAUCAUCCGCAUCACCUUCAUUCCCGACAUGCUCGUCAACGAAGACGCCACCUGGGCCAUAUCGCAGCCCAUGUACUGGUCCGUCAUCGAGACCAACAUCGGCAUCCUCGCAGCAUCCAUCCCGAGCAUGAAGGUCAUCGCCAAGCGUUACGCCCCUCGCCUGCUGGGCACCUCGUCCAACGGCCACGGAAGCGCCAGCAACGGCCGGCAGAGCGGGUUCCGCAUGAUGAGCGGCAGCAACAACAUCAAAUCGAGCAGCAACGGCGAAAAGGCUGGUACCGCCUUGCGCAGCUUAUCCAAGGGCGGCUUCAAUACCAAGAUCGACCACGGCGACGUCGACAACAGCAGCGAGGAAGCUCUCAACCACCCGCCUUCCGGCAAGAUUCGCGUGCAGACCCAGGUCAGCAUGCAAUACGACGAGGGUAGCGACGUGGGCGACAGCAAACAGCCGUUUCAAAAGCGUAGCGGGUUCUAA